AUGAAGAGAGAGAAGCUCUGGAGAGGGAAAGAGGGAAAAGGAACUAGGGCACAAUUGGAACUCAAAAAUUUGGGGAUCUGGAAGAUUAGAAAGAGAAAAAGGCAUCGGAAGGAGGAGGAAAUCCAUUGUUCACUAGAAUUGGCCGGGUAUCUCAACAGACUUCGUCUCUGUCAGUGCGGGCGUGGCAUACUUAGGGACUCGCAAUCAGACAAGAAACACUCAAUGAAUCUUGGCUGGAAAUACAUGAUCCUUCCUUGGAAAGGUGAGGAAGCUUUCCAAGAGUUGGAGGUGAAAAGCUCGAUGGCGUCGUUUGAUCCUCUCGAGAGUGCACCGGAUGGCCAUGAUUGGGGAAGGGAUCUAAUCUACUGUUUUUAUGCUAUUUUAAAAUAA